UUCUCAUUCAGUCUAUUUAAAGCUAGUGAACUGAAAUGUCUAACAGUCCUCAUAUAAUUAUUAUUGGUGCUGGUGCUAGUGGAAUAAUUGCUGCAUGUAAUUUGAUAUCCAAAGGAUUCACAAAUGUCACAAUUCUUGAAGCUGAAGAUCGAAUUGGGGGAAGAAUUGACUCAAGAAGAUUUAACGAUGGAUUCAUAGAUUUUGGUGCGCAAUGGUGUAGUGGACAGGAAGGCAAUUCUGUGUAUGAAUUGUGUCACAAUGAUUUUGAAUUUGGAUGUACUGGAUUUUACGAUACAAAUGGAUUUGUAGGAUUAAUUUCGAAUGGGUCAAGAGUUGAUAAACAAAUAUUUGGAAAAUUGUCUGCAGUAAGGUCUAAAAUUGAAGACAUGAUUGAUGAAAUGCGAGAAUUCAAAGGAUCAAUUGGAGAAUUUUUUGAUCAAAAAUAUAACCAAGAACUUGAAUCAUCAGAAUAUGACGAUGCAGAUGAAGAAAUGCGUGAAAUGGUUCGAAAAUUAUGGGAAACCGAGGUCAACGCUAAUUAUGCAUCCACUAGUUGGUAUAAAAUUUCAGCCAAUCGUUAUUCUCAAGUUGUAGUUUGUGAAGGAAGUCAGGAUCAGACAUGGAGAACUUCUGGCUAUAAAACACUUUUUGAUAUUAUUCAAAAGAAAUUCAAAGUUGAAGAAGUAUUAAAAGACAAGAUUCAAUUGAACAAAAAAGUCGAUCAUAUAAACUGGGAUACAGACAAAAUAGUAAUAAGGACAUUAGAUCGACAUGUCUAUCAAGCUGAUCAUUUGAUUGUAACAAUUCCUUUAGGUGCAUUACAGGCUCAUCAUAAACUUCUAUUUACUCCAAUGUUACCUGAAAAGAAAAUUAAAGCAAUCGAGAACAUCCAGUUUGGAACUUUAGGAAAGGUUUUCUUGGAAUUUGAGGAGCCGUUUUGGAAGAAAUUAAAUAACAAUUUUAAAGUGUGUGCCUUUUUAUGGACACCAGAGGAUUUAGAUGAUAUCAGGGGAACUGAUAAGGAAUGGUUGACAAACAUGUAUGGCUUCCUGCACCUUGAUGGAUUUCCUUACGUCUUAGAAACUCUUUUAGGUGGAAAUAAAAUGAAGGAAUUUGAAACUUACAGUGAUGAAAAAAUUGAAAAUGAUUGCAUUUGGUUAUUGGAAAAAUUCAUGAAAGUAAAAAUUUCUCGACCAAUCGCAAUGAGAAGGACAAGAUGGUUAACAAGAGAAAACUUUUUAGGAUCUUAUUCGUAUUGCUCGAUGAAUACUGCUGAAAAAGAUGUUUAUCCAGAAGAUUUGAAAGAAACUGUAUUUAAUGAUAAUGGAAAACCAAUGUUGUUGUUUGCUGGAGAAGCAACAAGUUCUAAAUUUCAAGGUUAUGUUCAUGGUGCUAUUGAUACUGGCAGGGAAGCUGCAGAGAAGCUGAUUGCAUAUUUUGAAGGUUUAAAAGAACAAUAGGAGAAACUUAAUGUGAAUUUUUUAAAUCUUUAAUAAAUUUUAACGCAAAAAUGAA